UUGGCUGUCGGGAGGCGGGAUUUUUUUUUUUCUUUUUUCAAAAAAGAAAUCGCCCGCCUCGGUUUUAAGUGUUGCUGGCUUCUUUUUCUCUCUCAGAGAUUAGGGAGCGAUGUCUUCCCGGCCGUUGUCGGGGGCCGGCGAUCGCCGAAGGGAUGGUAGCACUUCUAAUUACAGGAGAAUGAAGACUAUUGGAAGACCAAGUACAGACUAUGGAGAAAACCUUACAAACACUGCCUAUCUUUCAAGAGGUGUGCUAUCACUCAAAGAAAGAAAGUUAUUUGGUCAGACUCCAGCUAAGAUAAUGAUUUCACAAAAUCCAGAUCUACAGGAGGAAGCUAGUUAUCGGAUACGAUUCAUUGUAACUAAGCAGUGGACCUUAAACAGUGUCACUCCUCUGUAUAAAUUCUCUUAUGGACGAUUGCGGGAAUAUUCUAAACAAUUAAGUAAUGUUAUUACUGCACAAAAGGAAAAGAGGUUCAUACUGGAUGGUGAAACUGAUUUAAUGUUUCAAGCGAAGUUUUCUUCAUUUUCUGUUUUGAAAACCAAAGGAAAAAAACAAACAGCAGUUCUUAUCGAGAUUAUGCAGAGACCUCGAAUGGUAGAUGAUGAUAAUGAAGAAGAAAACAAGGUGGUGUGGAUGGGUUGCUUCUGUUGCGCUUGUACAAGUGAUUUUGUUGAGACUCUCCCGGAGGAUUUUACUUGUUUGCCUUUAUUCCUUGUACAUGGUGCACAGGGUUUCUCAAAUAUUGUGGAAACUUGGCUUCAGCAAACUUUUGAUUGUUAUUUCAGCCCAUUGCAUAUCAGUCCUCUCCAUCUUGCAUGGAUGGCGGCAAUAUGGUCUGGAUGCAAUAUGGACCACCACACGCAUGCAACAGAACUGACUUUCUCUGUGCCAUGUCUACCUUACCCUUUGGAUAUUUCCUAUGCUAUCCAUUCUGAAGAUGCAAAAGCUCUCUGGGAUUCAAUACACAGCAUCCAGGGAGAAAUUAAGCAGGAAGAAGUGGAAUUAUUCAUGAACGCCCUUUACAAGCACUUUCAUAGGCACUUCAAGAUAUAUUUAUCAUCUACACAAUUAGUGAAAGUUUCUACAUCUGUAGCCUAUGUCCAUUCAUCGGGGAAAAUAAAGAUUCACCAUGCCCAAUAUCUGAUGGGAGUUCUGUCACUGCUCACAGAACUGGCACUUUCAAAGAUAAUGUGACGAAUUAUUUACUGGGUUAUAUCUCAUAAAGUUAACUACAGAAAAUUAUUUAGGAUUGUAAAAUUAUUUUUGUCCGCUCUUCUCUUAAAUAGAAGGUAGGUUAAAUGUGUUGUAUAUAGUAUUAAGAGCUAUAUGGUUCCAUCUUUUCAUAUUUCUAACACAGAUUAUUAAAAGAAAUAUAUUAUUCAAAAGUACAGUAUAACGUUUACAACUGUCUACAAAUUGAACUUUUGCUCAAAGAAAUCUAACCAACUAUAUGGAAAAACUUUAGAAUUUUUAGAUUUUAACUUCAGGUGAGCUUUUCAGGGGAAAAAAAAACAUGGAGAUGGUAUCCAAUUUUCCUAUAUCAUUGGCUCUAAAUUUAACACCACCCCCACCAGCCCGUUUUUUGUUUCAGGAGGCUUUAGAGGGGCCUGCUAGGCCCAUAACGGGUUGCGUGUCGCGUGUGAAGGUCGUGCGCAUGUGCGGGAGGAGCACGGAGGUCAUGCACAGGGAGGCGGGGCACAUUCCAUUAUGGGUGUGGGCACACGCGCAAGGACCAAAAGUUAGCCAUCUCUGUCAUAUAGCUAAGCUAGCUAAGAAUUUUUUUUUUUUUUAAAGAAAUGUCUUUCAAAUAAUAAUAAUGCAAGAAAAGAUCUGGCAAUGGCUAAGUACAGGAAAGUUAAAGAAAGAGACAGAGGGGCUAAUUCUGGCUGCAUAAGACUAAGCCUUAAAACAAAUGCAUACAAAGUCAGAAUUGAGAAGACAGUAUAUUGGAAGAUCUGCAACAAAUAGCAUUUACCUCCAAGCAAGAACUGGUCAGAUCACAAAACAGACAAAGUAAUAGAAAAUGAAGCUAAAGUGCUCUGAGACAUUAAGUAUUCAAACAGACAAGCCACCUGCCACAUAACACCCCAGACUUAACAAUUGUGAAUAAAAAAAGUCUGGAUAGUGAACAUAA